UUUAAAUUUUUUUAUUAAACUUGCUAAAUUUUGCUUGAUUUAUUAUAUUAAAAAUUAAAAAUAAUCUUUACUAAAUCAAAAUGAAUAAAUCUUUAUCAAUUUUACUCUUGAUUGUUCUGAUUUUCGGCCAGUCCCAAGUUGAAAAAGCUGCUCAAAUAGAAAAAUUACAAAAGGAAGUUAAACUAGCUGAUGAAAUAUUGGCUAUACCAGAUACAAGGGCCCAAAAAAUAAAAAGAUUAUUCCUAAAACUAGAGUCAAUUAAAGAAACUAUCUCAGUAGAAGCCCUAGCAAACUCUACAGAACUGACAAAAAAUUUUAUUCAUGAAACUCGCAAGUUACAAUGUGAACACCAGAAAAAGUCACGCACAACUGACAAAAAAUGCAUAAAUGGUUCUUACCCUUUCAUCUAUGCAAUAGAGCCCCAUGUUGAAUUACAUCAAAAAUACCACCUGAAUGAAGAGAUUAUAAAAGUAAAAAUUUUGGACCAAAAGGAAAUCCGUGUGGUAGUAAUCAAUAGAGUGAUUUGUAAUGAAACCAACGUCUGGGCUUUUGAAGAACGUGAAUUAUGCGUAGUUGGAAAACUAAAUUUCGACGGUGAAUUUAUAUUUAACAAUAAUGAUGAAAAUCAAGGGGAAAAUUAUAUUCAUAAAUAUACAAUUUUAUAAAUAUUUCCAAUAUUCUAAAAUUAUAGGGUAAUGGUGUUUGAUUAUCUUUCUGAAAUCAAUUAUAAGGGAUCAUAAUUAUAAAAAAUCGGAUAUUAUAUAUAAAUAAUUUUAAUUAUAAAAUUUAUAGGUGUUGGAUUACUUUUU